AUGCCUGUCCGACUGCUCGCCUUGGUUUAUGUAUUUGACGUGUUGAAGGUCUCCCGAGGAGAAACUCUCAAGCUCGAUGUGAAGUACAAAGAUAUCUUCAAAGGCCGCUUUGGAUUGUAUCAUACUCUGGUCAGCGAGAAUGGCCAGAAGCUACAUGCUCUCGUUGACACUGGAUCGGGUUUCUUUUUCCUCAUCUGGAAGAAUUGGUUCGAGAAAGCCAGUGGACACCCCUGCAGUACUUGUCCCGUGGGGUGUUACGACUGUCCGAAGGCUUGCUCUGUGGGUAAUGUGACGAGAACUGUUGAGUUCCUGGACCAUUACACGGUGAAGACGUUUCAGCACAAGUCUAGAUUAACCAUUGGUCAGGUGUCGCAGAUCCUCACUUCCGGACUGAUAUUCGACCAGAAACCCCCCGUCAGUAAAGUUCCUCCAGCUAACCAAAUAGGUCUUGCGUAUGAUCCAG